AUGGCAUACACUGACGUCACCAUCUCUGUUGCAGGUGGAAUUGGAACAAUCACCAUAAAUCGACCUGAAUCCCUGAAUUCUCUAAGAGCUGAAACUUAUGAGCAAUUAAGACGUGCUCUAUUGGAAUGUGAAGCCGAUAAGAAUGUCGUUAUUACCACCAUCACUGGCAAAGGAAAGUUCUUCUCAAGUGGUGCAGACGUUCGAGGCUCACGAACACCAAACCCUGAUCCCACAAAGGCCUACAGCGAAGCAAUCAGCAGAGUAGCAGCCGGCCCUGCAGCUGUCACUCGAGCAAUGAUUGACCACACCAAAGUGCUUGUCGUCUUAUUAAACGGACCAGUCGUCGGAUGGCCAGCAGGCGCAAUCGCCAACGCUGAUUUAAUAUUCGCUGCUGAAUCCGCUUAUGUGUAUCUACCCUUCACGGCCUUGGCAUUGAGUGCUGAAGCUGGGUCAUCUGCUGCGUAUGUUCAAAGGAUGGGCGUGGGAGCUGCCUCUGAAGCUUUGUUGUUGGGACGUCGAUUCACUGCCAAGGAACUCGUACCUCUUGGAUUUGUCAACCGUGCGUUCCCAGACGCAUCAUUCAAAGAAGAAACAAGCAAGAUCUUAGCUGAUGCCGUUGAGAACUUGAAUCCUAAUUCACUUCGAAUUACCAAAGCUUUAAUCCGUGACUCAUUAAAGCCAGCCGUCCAUCAAGCAAACGACAAGGAAGCCCACGCACUAGUCGAACGCACACUAUCUGGUGAACCAGCAAUCCAAUUUGCUAAAAAGGCUGCCUCCAUUGGUCAAAAGAAGAAACCUGCUGCAAACCUUUAA